AUGGACGUGCUGCGCUGGGCAGCCCAGCCCCAGGGACGCCCCAUGUCUACCUAUAAGUUGUACCCUGCAUCUGAGCCUAACCAGGACACCUUCCACGAAACCCGCUACAUCCCCCUGCAGGCAGUGAAGCCCCUAGAGUCCAUCCUCAACCUCCUGUCCCCCUUUGCUGUGUCUGCAGAAAGAAACCAGGCCCCACCUGGCAGCUACGCCCAUCUCUGCCUGGCUCCGGCUGCUGUGGCCAGCCGAGAAAUGGGUGUCCGCGGGAGGAAGCUGGCCCCACUCUGGGCCCUGGCCCUCACCCUGGCCUGUGCCCAGCACACAGGCCAGGCCCAGGAUGGCUCUGUGGAACAUGGCCACAGGUCCCCAGACCUUCCCGUCCCCCAGGAGCUUGGUGGUGCCCGCAUUCCUGCAGGCCACCCGCUCCGUGGGAUGACCUUCCUGCCCCCUCUGAGGACAGCUCCAGUGGUGCGAGCCCGGAACCCCGCGCACAACGGGCGCGUGUGUAGCGCCUGGGGCGACUUCCACUACAAGACCUUCGACGGCGAUGUCUUCCGCUUCCCGGGCCUGUGCAACUACGUCUUCUCGGCGCACUGCGGCGCCGCCUAUGAGGACUUCAACAUCCAGCUGCGCCGCGGCCGGGCGUCCAACGCCACCACGGUCAUCGGCGUCACCAUGAAGCUUGAUGGCAUGGUCGUCCAGCUGACCAAGAGCUCCAUCCUGGUCAACGGCCGCCCAACUCAGCUGCCCUUUAGCCAAUCCGGGGUCCUCAUUGAGUUCAGCAGCAGCUACUUGAAGGUGGUGGCCAGGCUGGGCCUGGUCUUCAUGUGGAGCCAAGAUGACAGCCUCCUGCUGGAGCUGGACCCCAAGUACGCCAACCAGACCUGUGGGCUCUGCGGAGACUUCAGUGGCCAGCCUGUGUUCAAUGAGUUCUUCUCCCACGGUGUCAAGCUGACCCCCAUCGAGUUUGGGAACCUGCAGAAGAUGGAUGGUCCCACGGAGCAGUGUCAGGACCCUGUCCUUGGACCCCUGAGGGACUGCUCCCCUGGCACUGGCAUCUGCGAGGAGAUCCUGAGCAGCUGGAUGUUCUCGGGCUGCCGCGCUCUGGUGGACGCCCGCAGCUACGUGCAGGCCUGCCGGCAGGACCUCUGCCUCUGUGAGCACGCUACCCACAGCAGCUGCAUCUGCCACACGCUCGCCGAGUACUCCCGCCAGUGCGCCCACGCUGGGGGGCAGCCCCUGGACUGGAGGGGCCCCCACCUCUGCCCCCAGACCUGCCCCCUCAACAUGGAGUAUCACGAGUGCGGCUCGCCCUGUGCGGACACCUGCUCCAACCUGGAGCACUCCCAGCUCUGCGAGGACCACUGCAUGGCUGGCUGCUUCUGCCCCGAGGGGAUGGUGUUGGAUGACCUUGGCCAGGCCGGCUGCAUCCCUGCAACCCAGUGCUCCUGUGUGUACAACGGGGCCGUCUACGCUCCAGGAGCCAGCUAUGCCACAGACUGCACCAACUGCACCUGCUCCGGGGGCCAGUGGAGCUGCCGGGAGCUGCCGUGCCCGGGCACCUGCUCAGUGCUGGGGGGCCCCCACUUCUCCACCUUUGACGAGAGGCAGUACACAGUGCACGGGGACUGCAGCUACGUGCUGGCCAAGCCCUGUAAGAGCAGUGCCUUCACUGUGCUGGCCGAGGUGCGCAGGUGCGGCCGGACGGACACUGAGACCUGCCUGAGGAGCCUGACGCUGAGCCUGGGCGGGGGGCACACGGUCAUCACGGUCAAGGCCGGCGGGGAGGUGUUUGUGAACCAGAUCUACACCCAGAUGCCCAUCUCAGCAGCCAACGUCACGCUCUUCAGACCCUCAACCUUCUUCAUCGUCGCCCAGACCAACCUGGGCCUGCAGUUGAGUAUCCAGCUGGUGCCUAUGAUGCAGGUGUUCGUGAGGCUGGGGCCCGAGCUCCGCGGGCUGACCUGUGGCCUGUGCGGGAACUUCAACCAGAACCAGGCCGAUGACUUCCGGACCCUCAGCGGCGUGGUGGAGGGCACGGCCGCCGCCUUCGCCAACACCUGGAAGACCCAGGCCGCCUGCCCCAACGUCAAGAACAGCUUCGAGGACCCCUGCUCCCUCAGCGUGGAGAACGAGAAGUACGCUCAGCACUGGUGCUCCCGGCUGACGGAUGCCCACGGCCCCUUCGCCCGGUGCCAUGCUGCCGUGAACCCUGGCAUCUACUACUCGAACUGCAUGUUCGACACGUGUAACUGUGAGAAGAGCGAGGACUGCCUGUGUGCGGCCCUGUCCUCUUACGUGCACGCCUGCACCGCCAAGGGGGUGCUGCUCAGCGGCUGGAGGGACGGCGUGUGCAUGAAGCCCACGACCACCUGCCCAAAGUCGCUGACCUACCACUACCACAUCAGCACCUGCCAGCCCACCUGCCGGGCCCGGAGUCACGAGGACGUCACCUGCGGCAUCAGCUUUGUCCCCGUGGACGGCUGCACCUGUCCCCAUGGCACCUUCAUGGAUGAUGCGGGCAAGUGUGUGCCGGCCACCAGCUGUCCUUGCUACCACGGGGGCUCUGUGGUCCCCAACGGGGAGUCGCUGCAUGAGCGUGGGGUCAUCUGCACCUGCACACAAGGCACGAUGACCUGCAUCGGAGGCCAGGUUCCCACCCCAGUCUGCACCCCACCCAUGGUCUACUUCGACUGUCGCAACGCCACACCGGGGGCCGCCGGGGCCAGCUGUCAGAAGAGCUGCUUCACCCUGGACAUGGACUGUUACAGCUCCCAGUGCGAGCCUGGCUGCGUGUGUCCUGACGGGCUGGUGGCUGAUGGUGAGGGCCACUGCCUCACUGCAGCCGAUUGCCCCUGUGUGCACAACGAGGCCAGCUACCCGCCCGGCCAGACCAUCCGGGUGGGCUGCAAUACCUGCACCUGUAAGAACAGAAUGUGGCAGUGCACAGAGGACACCUGCCUGGCCACCUGCGCAGUGUACGGGGACGGUCACUACCUCACCUUUGACGGGAGGCGCUACAGCUCCAGUGGGGACUGUGGGUACACGCUGGUUCAGGACCACUGUGGGGGCAACGGCACCGCCAACGGAACCUUCCGCGUGGUCACCGAGAACGUCCCCUGCGGGACCACGGGCGUCACCUGCUCCAAGGCCAUCAAGCUGUUCCUGGGGAGCUACGAGCUGAGGCUGAGUGAUGGCGGUGUGGAGGUGAUAGAGAAGGGUGUGGGGCAGGAGGUCCCCUACUCCAUCCGCCAGAUGGGCAUCUACUUGGUGGUGGACACCGAGGCCGGCCUGGUGCUUCUGUGGGACAGGAAGACCAGCAUCUUCCUCAAACUCAGCCCUGAGUUCAAGGGCCGGGUCUGCGGGCUGUGUGGGAACUUUGACGACAACGCCGUCAAUGACUUCACCACGCGGAGCCAGUCCGUGGUGAGCAGCGCCCUGGAGUUCAGCAACAGCUGGAAGUUCUCCCCAUCCUGCCCUGACGCCCCGGCCCCCAGGGACCCCUGCACCGCCAACCCGUACCGCAAGUCCUGGGCCCAGAAGCAGUGCAGUAUCAUCAACAGCGCCACCUUCGCCACCUGCCACGCCCACGUCGACCCCGCCAAGUACUACGAGGCCUGUGUGGGUGACGCGUGCGCCUGUGACUCGGGGGGUGAUUGUGAGUGUUUCUGCACGGCGGUGGCCGCCUACGCCCAGGCCUGCCACGACAUGGGCGUGUGCGUGUCCUGGCGGACCCCGGACAUCUGCCCCCUGUUCUGCGACUAUUACAACCCUGAGGGCCAGUGCGAGUGGCACUACCAGCCGUGCGGGGCACCCUGCAUGAGGACCUGCCGGAACCCCAGCGGCCGCUGUCUGCACGACCUGCAUGGCUUGGAAGGCUGCUACCCCAAGUGCCCGCCCGAGGCCCCCAUCUUCGAUGAGGACCAGAUGCAGUGUGUGGCCAUGUGCCCGACCCCACCCCCACCGCUACCCUGCCGCGUCCAGGGCAAGUCAUACCGGCCAGGCAUGGCAGUGCCCUCCAGCAAGAACUGCCACUCCUGCGUUUGCACUGAGAGCGGCGUGCAGUGUGCCUAUGACUCAGAGGCCUGUGUCUGCAUCUACGAUGGACGGCGCUUCCGCCCAGGGGAUGUCAUCUACCACACGACUGACGGCACAGGCGGGUGCAUCUCUGCCCACUGCUCCGCAAGCGGCACCAUUGAGAGGCGUGUCUACGCCUGCAGCUCCACUACCCCCACACCGCCAACCACCUUCUCCUUCUCCAUGUCUCCGCUCGUCGUGAGCUCAACACCUCCGUCCCGCAUGUAUCACACCUAUCCCAAGAGCAGGGUGCACGCAGGAACAACCUCCGGUCCAACUGUCCAGACCCUCCAGGCCUGUGGGGAGCAGUGCUGGUGGUCGCCAUGGCUGGAUGUCAGCCACCCGGGGCGGGGCAUCGACAGCGGUGACUUCGAAACACUGGAGAACCUCCGUGCCCACGGGUACCAGGUUUGCACAGUACCGAAGAGCGUGGAGUGCCAAGCUGAGGGGGCCCCUGGGGUGCAGCUCCAAGUCCUGGGGCAGCACGUGGAGUGCAGCCCGACGGUGGGCCUGACUUGUUACAACCGCAACCAGACGUCAGGGCUCUGCCAUAACUACCAGAUCAGGAUUCUGUGCUGCUUCCCCAGGACCUGUCCCAUCUCCACCAGUCCAGCUCAGACCACCACUCCUACAGCUUCCAGGAAUACAGAAAUUGGGCCCACACAAGGGGUUAGCAGGAUCCCAUCUGUGCCAACAGAGAGCAAAACUUCCCCAGCCACUGUCAUUGCAACUGGCUCAAGCACUCUCUCUACAACUAGUGAAACACCUGCUCCAGGUACCCCUACACCUGCCCUGGGUAACACCACCCCAGUUACUACCACGAACACCCCAGGUACUACACCUGCCCCAGGUACCACCAUGAUUACUCCGGGGACUACACCUGCCCCGGUGAAAACUACUCUCUUAACUCCAAGCCCAAUGCCAGUUUCAACAACACGUGAGCCUUGUUUACAAAAGUUGUGUAGAUGGACCCAGUGGUUCGACAGCAGCUACCCUGGGCUUGGUAUAAACAGUGGAGAUUUUGACACUUUUCCUAAUUUGAGAUCCAAAGGACACAAAUUCUGUGAAAAACCCAGUAAUGUGGAGUGCAGGGCAAAGUUCUUCCCAAACAUCCCACUGGAAGAGUUGGGGCAGGAUGUGAUCUGUGACAAGAGUGUGGGGCUAAUAUGCCUGAAUAAGAACCAGUUACCCCCAUUCUGCUAUAACUAUGAAAUCCGGAUUGAGUGCUGUGAGCUGGUGGAUGUGUGCAGACGCAUCAAACACCCUGUGACUUCUGAGACCACACACUCAACUCCAAGGGAAACUGAGACCAAAACACAGCUUACUUGGACCACUGGAAUUCCCUUGUCCCCCACACGACAUGGAAGUGCCAUCUCAACACCGGUGCACCCCACAACCAGCACCAUACCUGAGACACACUUGGUCUCCUCAACUAUGACUGUCACCUGCCAGCCACAGUGCACGUGGACCAAGUGGUUUGACGUGGACUUCCCGUCCCCGGGACCCCACGGAGGAGAUAUGGAAAGCUUCAGCAACAUCAUGAGAAGGGGAGAGAAAAUCUGCCGCCGGCCUGAAUACAUCUCGCAGCUGGAGUGCCGGGCCGAGAGCCACCCCGAGGUCAGCAUCGAGAAUCUGGGCCAGGUGGUGCAGUGCAACCUCAGCAAGGGCCUGGUGUGCCGGAACCGGGACCAGGAGGGCAAUGUCGGGAUGUGCCUCAACUACGAGAUCCGGGUUUUGUGCUGUGAGCCCCCAGAGACCUGCUCUACCCACAAAACUGUCACAGUCCCUCACACCCCAAGUGUGAGCCCCAACAGCUUAACCGAGACCACCACCACUUACCUGGUGACAUCCCAAACCAGCUCAACCUCUGUACCAACAACCAGCCCAACCUCUGUCCCAACAACCAGCUCAACCUCUUUGCCACCAAGCAGCCCAACUUCUGUCCCAACAACCAGCUCAACCCCUGUGCCACCAAGAAGCCCCAUCUCUGUGCCAGAAACCAGCUCAACCUCUGUACCAACAACCAGCCCAACCUCUGUCCCAACAAUCAGCUCAACCCCUCUCAACCUCUGUGCCAGAAACCAGCUCAACCACUGUGCCACCAACCAGCACAAACUCUGUCCCAACAACAAGCUCAAUCUCUGUCCCAACAACCAGCCCAACCUCCGUGUCAGAAACCAGCUCAACCUCUGUGCCACCAAGCAGCACAACCUCUGUCCCAACAACCAGCUCAAUCUCUGUCCCAACAGCCAGCUCAACCUCUGUCGCAACAACCAGCAAAACCACUGUGCCAACCACCAGCCUGACAUCUGUGCCAGAAACCAGCAAAUCCACUGGGCCACCAACCAGUCCAACCUCUGUGCCAGAAACCAGCUCAACCUCUGUGCCACCAACCAGCACAACCUCUGUCCCAACAACCAGCUCAAUCUCUGUCCCAACAGCCAGCUCAACCUCUGUCACAACAACCAGCAAAACCACUGUGCCAACCACCAGCCCGACAUCUGUGCCAGAAACCAGCAAAACCACUGUGCCACCAACCAGCACAACCUCUGUGCCAGAAACCAGCUCGACUUCUGUGCCAGAAACCAGCUCAACCUCUGUACCAACAACCAGCCCAACCUCUGUCCCAACAACCAGCUCAACCCCUGUCUCAACCUCUGUGCCACCAAGCAGCCCAACCUCUGUCCCAACAACCAGCUCAACCUCUGUGCCACCAAGAAGCCCCAUCUCUGUGCCAGAAUCCAGCUCAACCUCUGUACCAACAACCAGCCCAACCUCUGUGCCACCAAGAAGCCCCAUCUCUGUCUCAACCUCUGUGCCACCAAGCAGCCCAACCUCUGUCCCAACAACCAGCUCAACCUCUGUGCCAGAAACCAGCUCAACCACUGUGCCACCAACCAGCACAAACUCUGUCCCAACAACAAGCUCAAUCUCUGUCCCAACAACCAGCCCAACCUCCGUGUCAGAAACCAGCUCAACCUCUGUGCCACCAAGCAGCACAACCUCUGUCCCAACAACCAGCUCAACCUCUGUGCCAGAAACCAGCUCAACCUUUGUCCCAACAACCAGCCCAACCUCUGUCCCAACAACCAGCUCAACCCCUCCAGCUCAACCUCUGUCGCAACAACCAGGUCAACCUAUGUGUCACCAAGAAGCCCCAUCUCUGUGCCAGAAACCAGCUCAACUUCUGUGCCAACAACCAGCCCAAACUAUGUGCCUGAAACCAGCAAAACCACUGUGCCAACCACCAGCCUGACAUCUGUGCCAGAAACCAGCAAAACCACUGUGCCACCAACCAGCCCAACCUCUGUGCCAGAAACCAGCUCGACCUCUGUGCCAGAAUCCAGCUCAACCUUUGUCCCAACAACCAGCCCAACCUCUGUCCCAACAACCAGCUUAACCCCUGUGCCUGAAACCAGCUCAACCUCUGUGCCACCAAGCAGCCCAACCUCUGUCCCAACAACCAGCUCAACCUCUGUGCCACCAAGAAGCCCCAUCUCUGUGCCAGAAACCAGCUCAACCUCUGUGCCAACAAGCAGCCCGACAUCUGUGCCUGAAACUAGCAAACCCACUGUGCCAACCACCAGCCCGACAUCUGUGCCAAAAACCAGCAAAACCACUGUGCCACCAACCAGCCCAACCUCUGUGUCAGAAACCAGCUCGACCUCUGUGCCAGAAUCCAGCUCGACCUCUGUACCAACAACCAGCCCAACCUCUGUCCCAACAACCAGCUCAACCUCUGUGCCACCAAGAAGCCCCAUCUCUGUGCCAGAAACCAGCUCAACUUCUGUGCCAACAACCAGCCCAAACUAUGUGCCUGAAAACAGCAAAACCACUGUGCCAACCACCAGCCCGACAUCUGUGCCAGAAACCACCAAAACCACUGUGCCAACCACCAGCCCGACAUCUGUGCCAGAAACCAGCAAAACCACUGUGCCACCAAGCAGCCCAACCUCUGUGCCAGAAACCAGCUCGACCUCUGUGCCAGAAUCCAGCUCGACCUCUGUACCAACAACCAGCCCAACCUCUGUCCCAACAACCAGCUCAACCUCUGUGCCACCAAGAAGCCCCAUCUCUGUGCCAGAAACCAGCUCAACCUCUGUGCCAACAACCAGCCCGACAUCUGUGCCUGAAACUAGCAAAACCACUGUGCCAACCACCAGCGUCACAUCUGUGCCAGAAACCAGCAAAACCACUGUGCCACCAACCAGCCCAACCUCUGUGCCAGAAACCAGCUCGACCUCUCUGCCAGAAUCCAGCUCAACCUCUGUACCAACAACCAGCCCAACCUCUGUCCCAACAACCAGCUCAACCCCUGUGCCUGAAACCAGCUCAACCUCUGUGCCACCAAGCAGCCCAACCUCUGUCCCAACAACCAGGUCAACCUUUGUCCCAACAACCAGCUCAACCUCUGUGCCAGGAACCAGCUCAUCCUCUGUGCCAACAACCAGCCCAUCCCCUGUGCCAGAAACCAGCUCAACCUCUGUGCCCAAAUCCGGCACAUCGUCUGCUCCUACAACCAGCACAACCCCUGUUCUCACACCUGAAACAACCCACUCCUCUCAUGUGACUGUCACUUGCCAGCCACAGUGCACGUGGACCAAGUGGUUUGACGUGGACUUCCCGUCCCCGGGGCCACAUGGAGGAGACACGGAAACCUACUGCAACAUCAAGAAAAAGGGAGAGAAAAUCUGCCGGAGACCUGAAUACAUCUCGCAGCUGGAGUGCCGGGCUGAGAGCCACCCUGAGGUCAGCAUCGAGAAUCUGGGCCAGGUGGUGCAGUGCAACGUCAGCAAGGGCCUGGUGUGCCGGAACCGGGACCAGGAGGGCAAUGUCGGGAUGUGCCUCAACUAUGAGGUCCGGGUUUUGUGCUGUGAGCGCCCAGAGCAGUGCGGUCACACUUCUGUGAAACCCCACAUGACUUCACCUACCAAGCACUCCCCCGCUCCUGAAUCUACCUCCAUAGUGUCCACUGUGCCGUUGCUCAGCUCCGUGGCGCCAUCCACCACGACAUGCUACUGCAGCGUGUCUGGCAAGCUGUACCCCUCAGGAUCCAUCAUUUACCAACAGACUGACCUUGCCGGCCACUGCUAUUUUGCCAUGUGCAGUCUGGAUUGCCACGUGGUCAGGCAGAUGAACCAGUCCUGCCCCAGCAGCGUGUCACCUCCUGCGCCGACCACCUCCCCCCACGGCUCCUCCCUGUCGGCCCCCGUGCCCGUCACUAAGCAGGGAUGCCCGAACGCAGUCCCCCCAAGGAUGAAAGGCGAGACCUGGCCCAUGCCCAACUGCUCUCAGGCCACCUGUGAGGGCAACGGCGUCAUCAGUGUGCACCGGCGCCACUGCCCCCACGCUCAGCCGCCGACCUGUGCCAACGGCUUCCCCCCAGCUAAGGUGGCUGACCUCGACGGCUGUUGUCCGGGCUACCAGUGCCAGUGUGUGUGCAGCGGCUGGGGCGACCCCCACUACAUCACCUUUGAUGGCACGUACUACACGUUCCUGGGCAACUGUACGUACGUGCUGCUGCAGCAGAUCAUUCCCGUGUAUGGCCACUUCCGCGUGCUCAUUGACAACUACUUCUGUGGGCCCGAGAACGGGCUCUCCUGCCCGCAGGCCAUCAUCGUCGAGUACCGGCAGGACCGUGUCGUGCUGACCCGCAAGCCCGUCCUCGGUGUGAUGACCAACGAGAUCAUCUUCAAUGAGAAAGUGGUCAGGCCUGGCUUCCAGAAAGACGGUGUGAGCGUGUCCCAAAUCGGCAUCAAGAUGUAUGUGACCAUCCCCGAGCUCGGCGUCCAGGUCAUGUUCUCUGGCCUCAUCUUCUCGGUGGAGGUGCCUUUCAGCAAGUUUGCUAACAACACAGAGGGCCAGUGCGGCACCUGCACCAAUGACAAGAAGGAUGAGUGUCGCCUGCCUGGGGGGGCGGUGGCAGCCUUCUGCUCCGAUAUGUCCGGCCACUGGAAGGUGACAACACCCCACCAGCCACUCUGCCACGACCAUUCCCUGACGCCCCCUGCAGCCAGGCCCACGCCCUCGCCCACUGCGUGCUCGUCAUCCUCAAUCUGCCAGCUGAUUCUGAGCAAGGUCUUCGAGCGGUGCCAUGCUGUGAUCCCCCCGCUGACCUUCUACCAAGGCUGCGUCUUCGACUGGUGCCAUAAGACCAACUUGAGAGUGGUGUGCUCCGGCCUGGAGCUGUACGCGUCCCUCUGCGCCUCCCGCGGUGUGUGCAUCGACUGGAGGAGCCACACCAACCAUGCGUGCCCGUUCACCUGCCCUGCUGACAAGGUGUACCAGCCCUGUGGCCCAUCCAAGCUCUCUUACUGCUACGGGAGAGACAACACCAGCCUCAUGGCUCUGCAGGACGCUGGCCCCAUCACAGAAGGCUGCUUCUGUCCAGAGGACAUGAUGCCUUUCAGCACGAGCUCUGACGUCUGUGUGCCCAUAGACUGCCACAAGUGCCUGGGGCCCCACGGGGAGCCUGUGGAGCCUGGCCACACCGUCCACGUGGACUGUCAGGAAUGCACCUGUGGAAACAGCACGCUGACCUUGAGCUGUCAGAGGCAGCCCUGCCCCCUGCCCCCAGCCUGCCCCGUGCCCGGCUUUGUGCCUGUGCCUGCAGCCCCCCAGGCCGACCAGUGCUGUCCCCAGUACAACUGCGCCUGUGACCCCAGCUACUGCCCCAAGCCCAUGGCCUGUCCUGAGGGCUCCCGCCUGAUCCUGACCUACAAGGAGGGGGCCUGCUGCCCGAGCCAGAACUGCAGCUGGAGUGUCUGCAGUGUCAAUGGCACCUUGUACCAGCCCGGCUCCGUGGUCUCCUCCAGUCUGUGUGAAACAUGCCGGUGCGAGGUGCCCGGCCGUCCCCUUUUGGACAUGGCCGUGAUCAGCUGUGAGACCCAGAUUUGCAACACCCACUGCCCUGUGGGCUUUGAGUACCGGGAGCAGAGCGGGCGGUGCUGCGGUGGGUGCGAGCCGCAGGCCUGCCUCCUCAACACCAGCGACAGCUCCACCCACCUCUUCUACCCCGGCCAGUCCUGGUCAGACCCUGGGAACCCCUGUGUGACCCACAAGUGUGAGAAGCACCGGGACGGGCUUGUGGUGGUGACCAGGAAGAAGACGUGUCCCCCACUGAGCUGUCCUGCGGACCAGGCCCGGCCGAGCGCAGAUGGCUGUUGUGUGUCCUGUCCUCCACACGGAUCCCAGAGCAGCUCGACCUGCACCAUGUUCCACGAGUCCAAGGUCAUCAGGCAGCGAGGCUGCAGCUCCGCCCGACCUGUGCCCCUGGCCUACUGCCGGGGCAACUGUGGGGAUAGCGCCUCCAUGUACUCCCAGGAGGCCAACGCCAUGCAGCACCGCUGCGAGUGCUGUCAGGGGCUGCGCGUCUCCCUGAGGAACGUGACCCUGCUCUGUGCGGACGGCUCCAGCCGGGCCUUCAGCUACCCCCACGUGGAAGAGUGUGGCUGCGUGGGGCAGCGCUGUGGCUCUCACGGCACCCCGGGCCACGUGGAGGGGUCGGGGUCCAUGCAAAGCGACGAGGAGGAGACCCAGGAGAUGGAGCUUGCGGGCUGGAGGAGGGGAGCCAGGGCCACAGGCCCCCCCGGCAGACUGACCAGCACCCGUCCUCGGGGCUCGCGGCCCCCCCCGUCCGGGAUACACUGAUAAGACCGUCCUGUUCUCUACAGACUCGGCUCCGGGGGACCGAGACCAGGCUGGCCUGCCCGCCCGCCUCGUCCCUCCCCGGGGUCCAGCCGGCCCUUGGAUGUGCGGUGGCCCCGACCAACCUGCAGCCCCGCUCAGGACCAGGCUGCGGUGGGCCAGGCUCCUCUGGCCGUGGGUCCAGCCUGUGUUCCCCGGACUUGAGCAUCACGUAGGGGGUCUUAUCAACGACGGUCACUUGGACUUGGUGCCUGGCUGU